AUGUUUACAUUCUGCUGUGUUUCCUCGUUGACUUUGCACAACACCUCCUAUCAUAUUCUCGCCCGCAUGUGUCAAGGGCGAACUUAUCGACGCCACCAGACAAGUCGGAAUCGAACACUGAAAAUAGAACAUGUAGAAAUAUCCUUUUUGGACGACGCCAACAAUCGAACGAAACAAACUCUCUUUUUUUCUCUCGGUGUCUCUCUGUCUUUCUCUAUCUCUCUCUUAGCAUCAUUCUUUCUUAAUCCCUCUCUCGUUAUCUGCUUUUUUUUUAACUCUCUCCUCGCUUCUCCCUCGCUAUCUUCCGUUUUCAUAUAUGAUAUUUGUAUAUCAUAUUCUCUUAUCUAUCUAUCUAUCUAUCUAUCUAUCUAUCUAUCUAUCUAUAAAUAUGUUCCUAUCUAUCUAUCUAUCUAUCUAUCUAUCUAUCUAUCUAUCUAUCUAUCUAUAGAAAUAUGUUCCUAUCUAUCUAUCUAUCUAUCUAUCUAUCUAUCUAUCUAUCUAUCUAUUGAAAAAUGUUUCUAUCUAUCUAUCUAUCUAUCUAUCUAUCUAUCUAUCUAUCUACACAGAUUAGUUUAA